AUGUCACAACAAACAAGUAUUUUAUUAAAUAAUUUAACAGCAAUUUCACCAAUUGAUGGUAGAUAUUGGAAUCAAGUUCAAGUAUUAAGCAAUUAUUUUUCAGAGUAUGCAUUGAUCAAAUAUCGUGUUCAAGUUGAAGUUGAGUAUUUCAUUCAAUUAACAAAGAUCCCAGAUGUCAAACCAUUAAAUCAUUUAAACAAAGAAGAUGAACACAGCAAAUUAAGAGAAAUUUAUACCAAAUUUGAUGAAAGUGAUGCAUUAAAAAUUAAACAAACUGAAAAGACCACCAAUCACGAUAUUAAAGCAGUAGAAUAUUUUAUUAAAGAAAAAAUGCAAAAAGAUUUCCAAUACAGCGAAGUUAUUACAGAGUUUAUUCACUUUGGUCUCACAUCACAAGAUAUUAACAAUACUGCUAUUCCAUUAUCAAUUAUCGAAGCAGUCGAACAACAAAUGGUACCACAAUUAAAAUCAUCUAUUUUAGAGCCAUUAAAAUCAUUUGCUCAACAAUGGAGAGAUGUAUCAAUGUUAGCCCGUACCCAUGGCCAACCAGCUACACCAACCACCGUCGGUAAAGAAUUUAUGGUCUUUAUUGAACGUUUAGAGAAUCAAAUCAUUCAAUUAAACUCUUUACCACAUACAUGCAAAUUUGGUGGUGCUACUGGUAACUUAAACGCUCAUCAUGUUUCAUAUCCACAAGUUAAAUGGGUAGAAUUCUCAGAAUCAUUCGUUAAAACUUUACAUCCAAACCUCAAGAGAAUGCGUUUCACCACUCAAAUCGAACAUUAUGACAACGUUGCCGCUUUAUUAGAUUGCUUCAAACGUAUCAACACCAUUUUAAUCGAUUUAUGCCGUGAUAUUUGGACCUACAUUUCUAUGGAAUACUUUAAUCAAAAAUUAAUUAAAGGUGAAGUUGGUAGCUCAACAAUGCCACACAAAGUAAACCCAAUCGAUUUCGAAAACGCUGAAGGUAACAUGGGUGUUGCUAAUGCUCUUUACGAACAUUUAUCUGCUAAACUUCCAAUUUCUCGUCUUCAAAGAGAUUUAACCGAUUCAACUGUACUUCGUUCCAUUGGUGUCCCAUUUGGUCACACCUUACUCUCAUUAAAAUCAAUCCAACGUGGUCUCUCUAAAUUAGUUUUAAAUGAAGCAAACAUCUCUAAAGAUCUUGAUUCUAACUGGGCCGUCGUUUCAGAAGCUAUUCAAACUAUCCUUCGUCGUGAAGGUUUCCCAAAACCAUACGAAGCUCUCAAAGAAUUAACUCGUGUUAGUGGAUCUAAAAAAAUUUCUCAAGAUGAUAUUCACAACUUUGUCGAUUCACUUUCAAUUCCAGACGAUAUUAAAUCUGAAUUAAAGAAAAUUACUCCAUUUAAUUAUAUUGGUAUUAUUUCUGCUUUUAAUUAA